ACACUAUUUUGAACUUUUUGGAGAGACAACAAACACCGGAUGAUAUGUGAAUUUAGUGUUUGUUAAAUAACAAAUUUUGGACAAUGUCUGAGAAAUUUAUGCCGCCGAUGUCGUCAUAUCAACUAGGCCUAGGUACAGACAUAAAGGACUAUUCCCUCCGCAAUGAGUCCGUCUCAUCCUAUCAUGACUAUCCACACAGACGGCCAUUAUUGGAUGAUCAGUAUGCACCAGGACGAUCACCUAGAAACAUUCGCGCUGUUCCAGAAAGUAACAGCCGUGCUAUUAUAUCAGCACUCCGUGGACUACAAGACAAGAUACGAAGGCUGGAAUUAGAGCGCACUCAAGCUGAACAGAACCUGAAGUCCAAUAAAAUUCGAGAACUUGAGGACAAGGUUCGUGAGGAACGUCAUCAUCGUAAGUUGGUUCAAGAAAAAGCAGCAGAGCUUCAAACUGUAGCAGAAACAAAUCGUAUAUUAUUAUCCUCAAAUGCACAAACUCAACCAGCAAAAGCAAAGAAGAAAAAGAAACGAAAGAUGGUCCAAUCCUGCACAAGUGGGAAAGCAAAGCCACCAACAACAACUACUGCCGUAACUACUACAAGUCACUACAGGCCAAACUUUAGGAAUCUUCCAUUUGUUGCGGGGACAUCGACGACCCCAAGUCAUUCAUUAAGUUCCAAUCUGCAGAGUGUGUUAGCCAUGUUGAAGACCCACAACCCAGCCUGGUGUAACAAUGGCCCUCUAAUAAAACGAGCCCAUAGCAGCAAUGGUGUUGUACGACGACGACCAUCAGUAUCAUCCUCCAUGUCCUCGGAGGGUGACCUUGCUGACCUUAUGCUUGGAUUGCAGGAUGAAUUCGCUCAAAUGGGGUUUGAACAUCAAGAACUAGCUCGUCAAAUUCAGGAUACAGAUGACCGACAUUUGAGGGAGGACCUAGAGCGAGAACUUGAGCAGUUAGUGAUGAGAAUGGAGGCCAAAGGAGAACAGAUUGCUAAAUUGAAGCGACACAAAUCAAAGUCUUUAGAAACUACGAAGAAAACAACAAAGAAGCGUGCAAACAGUCGUUCUGCUUCUGUUUCAAUACCUUCAAGUUCAAACAGUGCUGAAGUGCAGGUCAUCACAACGGUUAAGACCAAAGGGUCAAGGGUGCAACCAAUCACAGUCAGGAAUCAACCAGCUAGACAAAACCAAAAACUGCUCAGGGAUAUACAGACGUUGCAGACGUCACUCAGACGCGAUGAUAUUAGUUGGGAUUAGAAUUAUCAUCUGUGAAUAUAUGGUCCUUGAUGGCUAUAGCAGUACAUUAUGUGAAUGUUCAUAAUGACAUGUGAUUUAAAGAUGUCUACUAUGAACAGUAUGAAAAGGUCUUCCUGAAAUAUAUAUUAGCAAACACACUCAAUACUAAGUGCCUAUUAUCAAUAACAAUCAUUGUAGCUUUGAAAGUACAGUAUACCAAAAAUACAAAAAAAAAUAAUACAGUAUUUCCAUUACAUAAUGUAUGGUUGUAGCUGUAAUGUUAGAAUUUUAAAUAAUGCAAUCAUUAAAUCUCUUGAAGUAUUAUAACUAAGUGCCUGUACUCUCACUAAAGAUUAUUGGUGCUACCAUUAUAUUAUUUAUUAUUAGUUCAUUUUAUUAAGCUUUAUAUUAGAAAAGCUUCCUUAAAAUAAUAUACAAUAUAAUUUGGUAAAUAUUUUGAAAGAUUAAUGCAUUUAAAGAUGGAAUGAAUGUUUUUUUAAAUGCAUGUAUAAAAGUAAUGUAGAGUGUAAUAAUAUAAAGUACAGUAGUAUUUUGUGAUACGUGUGUUAGUGCUUACAUCAAUUGUAUUUGUGUUUAUGAUGUUGAACUAUGUCAACCAAAAUAAUGAACUACUGCUGAAGAAUUACUAAGAUAAAAUUUGACUAGAUUUCUGGCUUAUGAAGAUCACCGUUUGUACACAAUAUCAGAAAAGUACAUUUAUUAUGAGUCAAAUAAAAAUUGAUCAGUACAA